CAACAAACCCACCACCGAAGAAGUCAAGGUCUGGUCUCAGUCAUUUGACAAGUUGAUGAAAACCCCAGCUGGCAGGAACGUGUUUCGGGAGUUCUUACGGACUGAAUACAGCGAGGAAAAUAUGCUCUUUUGGUUAGCUUGCGAGGAGCUCAAAAGCAAAUGCAACAAGCGAGACAUCGACGAGAAAGCACGAGAAAUCUAUGAAGAUUACAUCUCCAUCCUUUCUCCCAAGGAGGUCAGCUUGGACUCCCGUGUCCGCGAAGGCAUCAACCGCAAGAUGCAGGAGCCCUCUUUGCACACCUUCGACGAUGCGCAGCUACAGAUUUACACGCUUAUGCAUAGAGACUCCUACCCCCGUUUUCUGAACUCUGCCAUAUACAAAGCUCUCCUCCAGAGUGUCUCUCGGUCAUCUUCGGAGUCUUAAGCCCUUCUGUACCAUUGAUAGAGACACCAAGUGAAGGAUACAACAGGUGUUACUGGUUUUUCCCCUCCCCACUCUUCUUUAAAAAAAAAAAUCUCCCAAAUGAGCUUACAGAACAAAAUAGACUGAAGACAUAACCCAGCUGAGUUCUGAACACAGACAAUAGUCCUGUCAUUGGAAAGGUGACUCCACAACUUUCUGCCCGCUUCUCUUCCGUCAGAAAAGGGCCGGUGCCAGCCGCCAUCAAGAACUCCAAACUCGGGCUUCUACUUCCAUUACAGAAUGUGGGCCUAGAGAUGGAGAAUGCAGAACGGAGCAAGUAACCAGCAACGGACUGGGAUCUAGACCUCUGGGGUCACAUAGCAGAAGAAACAGGCCAAAGCCCAUAUCUCCUGGAUGUUUUGAUCUCACUCUUGGAUUUGUGUUUUUGUUUGUUUUUUUAAAUUCCUUCCAUGUUGAUUAAGAAUGAUUUCCAUGCUGUCCUUGUAGAUGCAACGAUCUUGGACAUUUGGCGUGGAAACUGCGGUUAGAGCAAUGUUUAUGAAAUUAAGAGAACUUCAGAUGUUAUAAAAAGUAUGU